AUGACCACCCCUCCUACAGAUAUCGACACUGUCGAAGUCAUCCACCCAGGCAUCUCUCCGGUCUCCCGAACCUUUGCCUGUGCCCUCAUCACCCUCGUCAACGACGGCGUCGACCAGGUGGCGGCGGAAAAGGCCCUGCUCCUCACCAACAGCUCGCUCGAGGCGGCGAGGCAGUGGCUCGAGGUGCACAAGGACGAUGAGGAGAUUGGGCGGCCGCUGGCGGCGCAUCUGCUGCCCGGAAGAAUGAGCCAGCCGCAGAGGAUGGCGAUGCGGCUCGGUGGAACGCCACUGAGGCUGGAUACUUCCAUGGAUGUAGAGUACUCGGAUCAUGGCUUCCACAAGCCGCCGCUACCCGCAAGUCCCGACCGCACUGGUGGGCCUGCACCCACAUUCGACGGGCGUGCCUCUCCGGUCAGGUACGCUUCGAUGCUUGCCCAUCGCCUGGCUUCGCCACGGCAUGCCCGCCCCACGCCCUUCCCGCCGCAGACCAUGCUCGUUCCACCCUCGCCGCAGGCCGUCUUUACCUUUCCUUACGCGCCGCUUGCCUCGCCGCGGCCACCACAGGCCCAACAAGCGCAGCAAGCCCCGCCCUCGCCCGGCGCCUUUGGCUCACCGCCGCACUCGCCGCAAGCCUCGCGCCGCCGCCCGCAUCUGGCCUACCCACUCGCUGUCGCACACGCCCAGCCAGUCUCAUCGGCCUGGAUGUCGCUCGGCGCGUCCAAGCCGCCGCUGCCUAUGGGCUCGCCCUCGGCCGCCUCGCCGCUCGCCUACCCGGCCCUCUUCCACCAACGCCUCCUCUCGCCGCGGCACUCGGCGCUCACCCCGCAUCCGCUCGCGGCCUUUCCCGCCACCGCCCCCCCUCGCCCGCUCUUCGCCGCCUCGGACGACGACUCGUCGUCCGAGUCGGACUCGUCCAUCUGAAGCCCGUAGCCCACAAACGCAUUCCCCAGCC